AUGUCCCCACCAGGAGGCAACAUCCUAGAGCAUCGGCCUCCCUCUUACCGAGGGAGGGUUCGUAGCGGAUGCCUUACAUGCCGAACGAGGAAGGUGAAGUGUGACGAAGCCCAGCCGGUAUGCCACAACUGCACAAGGCUGGAGAAGACCUGCGUCUACAAGCCCUGGAAGAGCAAGAGCCGCAUCCACCCCAGAAACUUGGGGCCGGGCGAGGCGAUUCCGGGCUCAUCUCCCACUCCGCCCUUGCCGGAUUCCACUGUCAUUCCGACACCAUCGCAAGACUCGCAGUCGGGCGAUGGCUGUGUCGAUGGCCUGGCUCCGGCGGACGAGUCGUUGACGAGGGUUCUCUACGAUCCGCUUCGGUCACCCCAAGAUGAAACUCUCGUCGGGGUACCUACCGAGCAUCCACAGAUAAGCAUUUGUCAUAACUCGAUAUCACAUGUAAUCCCGACACCGAUCACAAGCCACAGUCAAAAUGGUGACGCCGGCCGUCGUCCUGCGGCGCAGCAGGAGUCGCCAUCAGCCUUUGAUUGCAUCUCGCGGGAUGUUGAGCUCACGACGACGAUGGAUAAGCUCGCAGCCCGAGAGAGGCCUCAGGAACGGUGCUUCUCGUUCUUCCUCGAAAGGGUGGAUUGUGCUUGGAUAACACCGUUUGACCCGCUGAACUGGCGGCGAAUGAAGACUGCCGUCGUCGAGAUGGGCGUCUCAAACGAGGCAGUGUCAUCAUCUGUCAUAGCUAUCUCGACUCUGUAUAUUGGGCAGUUGCACGGGCUCCCGCUUUCCAAGGCAGCAGCGCUCUAUGAAUCAGCAAGGACGGAAUUCGAGAAUCUCAUGCGGGAUGAGGAUACGGACAUGCAGGUAGUAUUGGUCGUAGGGUUUCUCCUUUGCCUUUUCGCAUUCGUCCAUGCCGACAUUGCCCCAGUGCUCAAGAGCACCGACGAGAUAUUCCUGCGACGGUUAGAACAGCACACGGGCCGCCAGCUGCCUCUAUCACCACUUACGUCAAGGAUUAUAGCAUGGAUGAAACUGCUCCAGGUGUCCGCAUCGCGCGCGGGAGGGAUGGGGCUCAUGUCCGACGGCGUCUUCAACCUCCUGCCCAGCUUCGAAGCGGGAAUACCCGACAUCGAGCACCCGACAACUCACGGCAUGCCCGAUACAAGUAUAUCCCUGCAAGAGGUCCUCAGCAAACCUAUCUUUGAUUUCUACUUCCGACUCCAGAUGAUCUCCGGCGAGAUCUCGAGGUUGACGCAUUACCAUCGCUCUCGGACGAGGGGCGUGGACCAGGAGGAGGUGGCGCGAGAAAUGACGCGCUUGAAAUCAAAGCUCUCGGCGCUGUGGUCAAGCCGGUCGAACAUACAGCAACAAUCUCCCGAGGACCUGAAGAACCACCUGAGCCCCAGCAUCGCCGAUCCGAUCAUCGCCCUGAGCGCCGUCUGCGCCGCCGCCUACCACGCCGAGUUCAUCGAGAUCGGCCGUGUUCUCGGCGACCCCCUCGCCGAGUCGGCCGACGCAAAACACGCGAUGAGACAGGUGCGCGGGAUCGUCGACGGGAGCUGGAACGCAUUCGAGGGCAGAGGGCUGAAUCCCGGGUACCUCCGUCCGCUCUUCCUCUAUGCCAUUGAGUGCAUGGACUGGCAGGAGAACGACUGGGCUACGGAGAGGCUGCGAGAGAUCCGCGACCCGAUAUGCCGAAGCGAAUUCUUUGCGUCGUUUGGGAGAGCGCUCUCUGAUGCGCAGCUCUUCAAGGACCGGCGGGUCACGUCCAAGUAUUUCUGCAUACGGCAUUUUGGUGUGCCGCCUCCUUAUUUGUAG